GGCGAUGAGGCUGCGUAGCGAGGACGUCUGGUGGAGCCCGUCAGGAAGCGGAGGUUCUUAUAUUUCAUCGUUUGUGAGGAUAAAGAAAGGGUCAAACGUGGGGUGUAGCGGACGGGGGGUCACAGAUGAAGGCAGGUGGAUUAUUUCCAGCUACUUUGCGGAGAAGUUGAGGGCGGAAGGCUUUUGUUAUGAUUUGGCGUUGAGGAUGUUUACGGUUCAGCCUCAGCGGAGUCUCUGACGGACAGUCAGAAUAAAACUGGUGCUUCAGCCCUCGGGGUGAAAUAAAAACACUUUAUUUUAUUUUUUCUACUGGGCUGUGGGCUGGCGGCUCGCCAACAAGUGACCCUGGAGCAGGACACGGAGGAUAGUGUGGCCAUGACGGGAGAGAUGGCAGCGGCUCUUCCCAUGAGCAACCACACCCGGGAGAGGGUGACCGUGGCCAAGCUGACGCUGGAGAACUUCUACAGCACUUUGCUCACGCAACACGAGGAGCGCGAGAUGAGGCAGAAGAAGCUUGAGAAAGCCAUGGAGGAGGAGGGUUUACCAAACGAGGAGAAGGUGAUGCGGCGCUCGCAGCACGCUCGUAAGGAGACGGAGUUCCUGCGACUCAAGAGGACGAGACUCGGCUUGGAUGAUUUUGAGUCUCUUAAAGUUAUCGGAAGAGGUGCUUUUGGAGAGGUUCGUUUGGUUCAGAAAAAAGACACGGGCCACAUUUACGCCAUGAAGAUUUUAAGGAAAGCAGACAUGCUGGAGAAAGAACAGGUUGCUCACAUUCGAGCAGAGAGGGACAUCCUGGUAGAGGCGGACAGCGCUUGGGUGGUGAAGAUGUUCUACAGCUUCCAGGACAAGAGGAACCUCUACCUCAUCAUGGAGUUCCUGCCUGGAGGCGACAUGAUGACGCUGCUGAUGAAGAAGGACACUCUGUCCGAAGAGGCCACGCAGUUCUACAUCGCAGAGACCGUCCUGGCCAUCGACUCCAUCCACCAGCUGGGCUUCAUCCACAGAGACAUUAAACCAGACAACCUGCUACUGGACUCCAAGGGCCACGUGAAACUGUCAGAUUUCGGCUUGUGUACGGGACUAAAAAAGGCUCAUCGGACGGAGUUCUACAGGAACCUGACACACAACCCGCCCAGUGAUUUCUCUUUUCAAAACAUGAACUCAAAAAGGAAAGCAGAAACCUGGAAGAAGAACAGGAGACAGCUGGCUUACUCCACAGUGGGAACACCAGACUACAUCGCUCCUGAAGUUUUCAUGCAGACGGGCUACAACAAGUUGUGUGACUGGUGGUCUCUGGGUGUCAUCAUGUAUGAAAUGCUUAUAGGUUACCCACCCUUCUGUUCUGAGACGCCCCAGGAGACGUACAGAAAGGUCAUGAACUGGAAGGAAACGCUCGUCUUCCCACCUGAAGUUCCCAUCUCAGAGAAGGCCAAAGAUUUGAUUUUAAGGUACUGCACUGAUGCCGAGAACAGAAUUGGAGCUGUGAGUGUGGAUGAGAUCAAGAGUCAUCAGUUCUUUGAGUCCGUGGACUGGGAGCACAUCAGGGAGCGGCCAGCAGCUAUUUCUAUUGAAAUCAAAAGUAUCGACGACACGUCAAACUUUGACGACUUCCCUGAAUCAGACAUCCUUCAGCCAGCCAACACGACAGAGCCGGACUUCAAAUCUAAGGACUGGGUCUUCCUGAACUACACGUACAAACGCUUCGAGGGUCUGACUCAGCGCGGCACCAUCCCCAUGUACAUGAAGGCUGGGAAGGCCUGACACAUUCAGAGGAGAGGGAGG